GCUGCGACGGAAACAACGAUAGAUUUACCAAGGAGCCACAUCUGUUCAAAAUGUGAACAAGUAGCCUAAGGCAUUCUUCACGGUGGGGAAAAAUUGUAUGAGAUCGUUACGUAAUAGGGGCUUUAUGCCUUUCAGGGGUAUUAUGUUCCUUGUGCAGCUUGCGCGCAGAACCCCAGAGUCCGGACUCUUCAUUGUAAUCGCGUUCAAGAGCAAAGUUUUCAUCACUUUUGCAAUUCCGCGUUUCUUUGUACAUUACCAGACCCUGAACCCAAAAAAGGAAGAAGAAUAUUCAAUGAGUAAUUACACAUUCAGUCGGACCUACUUUUGACGCCACAUUGUUUUCAGAACGAAGUUGGAUAGUCUCCUGUCUGCAAUAAGCCGUGUGGACGACCAAGGUGUGGAAACAAAACCUCCAUUGAAAAUUGAUCUGAAGGAAGAGAUGGCCAAGAGAGAGGACAGUGAAAAGAUAGUCAUCAAUGUUGGUGGCGUGCGGCACGAAACCUAUAAGAGCUGCCUUAAGACCUGGCCCGGCACCCGGUUGGCCCUCUUAGCCGAAUCUCUCUCAGAUGGCGAUGACGUGGAACCUGGUUCAAUCGGCGAGUUUUUCUACGACCGAGACCCAGGUAUGUUUACCUACAUACUAAACUACUACAGGACCGGAAGUCUCCAUUGCCCGCCCAUGGUUUGUGGCUGCCUGUUCGAGAAGGAGCUGGCCUUCUGGGGGAUCAAUGACGCGGGCAUGGAGGCCUGCUGUUGGGUGUCUUACUGUUCCCACAGAGACAGAAUUGAAACCCUCCGCAAACUGGGACUGUCCGAUCCCGAGCAACAGGACGGACACAACCUCCUCCUGCUCGGCCCUGAAUGCAGGGAGGCUUCAUGGAGGUCAAAGAUAUGGGCCCUUUUUGAUGAUCCAUACUCAUCCAAGGCUGCAGAGGUCAUUGCUGUCAUAUCCCUCAUCUUCAUCCUGGUCUCCAUCAUCAACACCUGUGUAGGUAUGCAUCAGUUUUUCCACGAAUUCCAGGUGGUCCAUGUGGCGGUGACAGCUGACUACAUCAUGAAGAACGACACAGUGGAACCCGCGCCUUCUAAAGUGUUUUUCGUGGUGGAAGCUGUUUGCGUGGCUUGGUUCACCUUUGAGUUCCUGGUUCGCGUCGUCUGCUGCCCGGUCAAGCUGCUUUUCGUCAGCAAUCCGCUCAACAUCGUCGACUUUGUGGCCGUCCUUCCUUUCUACCUUGAAGUGAGGCCCGAGUUCCUCCCCAGCAGCAUCAGGUGCAUUCUGGGAAUGGUGCGAGCGGUGCGCUUCCUCCGCCUUCUGCGGCUGUUCAGAAUGAUGCCAGACGUCGUGUGUGUGCAGGUCCUGAGACACACUCUGCGGGCCAGCCUCGGCUACUUCUUCAUCAUCUCCGCUUUCCUGGCAGUGACCUCAUUCAUGUUUGGCUCCUUAUUCUUCUAUGCCGAGAGCCUUUUGGACAUUAAAGAAAGCUAUUACCGUAAUAUUCUUUAUUGUGCCUGGUGGGCAGUGAUAUCCAUGACCACCAUUGGCUACGGCGACAUGUAUCCAGUAACUUGGCCUGGCAUGGUAGUUGGAGGACUGUGUGCUGUGACGGGUGUACUGACCCUCGCCCUGCCUGUUCCUGCCUUGGUGAACAACUUCAGGAUAUACCACGAGUUGGUUACAGCUAAACGUAAACUGUCAAUGAAGAGGAGGUACAACUCUGACCUAAAUGUUCCAGUGGCCUCAACCUCCGGGAAAUUGUAUCACAUCCAGGCUUCUGGCUGCCCACUGGUGACUGAAUCGAUCCACUAAGAGGUGCCAUACUCAUCAUGACAGUGAAAAGUAUGAUGAUUCCUCCUGGUAGGAUUGCUCCUGGUGGGCUGCUCUAGGUGUGAAGGUAAAGUCUUCUGCGCUGUAAAACCCUGGAAGAGGCUGCCAUUCGGAGUCCUGAAUACCACCAUGACUGCACCACUAUAUCACAAAAACCGGUGACGAUGCAAGUGUUUUGCACUGUUACCUGAUUCAUGCUGAAAGUCACAUGCUUCGAACAGUGUAACCCACUACACAUUGUACAGUGCAAAUUAACAGUACUCAUUAUUUUAAUCGUAAUCAUUAUUUUAAUUUCAUUAUAAUUAAAUCAGCAAUGGGGUACAGAUAUACUACUAUAAGGAGUUAUAAUGUAUUUACGUGUCAUCUGUUUAUAUAAUGUUUGAUAAUAACUAACCAAAAUGAAGCUCUUUUGAUUGCAAAUGAACUCUUACAAUGUAGCACUAACACAUAAUUACUGACGUUUAACCUCAAUUAUGCUAUCAUCUAUGUAACUAUCUCUGAAUUUAUCAUUUUUAAUAAUUACCGUAUUUUGACAAUCAUUGGAAUUUCUCAAGUAAAUAAAAACAACAAAUGAA